AUGGGUAGAGUUGCCUGUGAAACCUUGGUUACAACCGGACUUGCUGUCAUCACGGGUGAAAUCACGACUACCGCAAACUACGAUGCCCAACAAAUCGCACGAAAAGUCCUUACCGAUAUAGGUUAUACUGAUAUUGAAUAUGGUUUUGAUGCCGAACGAAGUGCUGUGUUGAGUAUUAUUGAUAAACAGUCUCCCGAUAUUGCAAUGGGGGUGAACCCUGGUGGUGCUGGAGACCAAGGAUUAAUGUUUGGAUAUGCCUGCACCGAAACCCCUGAAUUGAUGCCGCUGCCAAUUACUCUCGCCCAUCAAUUGGUACGGCGGUUGGCGAAAGUUCGCAAAGAUGACACCCUCCCCUUUAUCCGUCCCGACGGAAAAUCUCAGGUAACUGUUGAAUAUGUUGACAAUAAACCUAAAGUAGUAACUACAGUUGUUAUCUCUUCACAACAUGAUCCGGAUGUUGCGGAUACUGAGUUGCGAGAAGCGAUUGUUGAAGAAGUUAUAAAAAAAAUAAUACCUGAAAAUCUCCAACACCCAGAUAUUAAAUAUCAUAUUAACCCAACAGGACGUUUUGUGACUGGCGGACCGCAAGGAGAUGCCGGGUUAACAGGCAGAAAGAUUAUAGUUGAUACCUAUGGCGGAUGGGGCGGCAUGGUGGAGGCGCACUCUCAGGAAAAGAUCCAACCAAAGUAG